AUGCCAACUGGAAAGGGCUUGACACUGCUGUCCUUGAUGCUCACCAUCGCGGGCACAGCGCUGGUAGCUACUGGGCAAAAAGCAGAGCAACCAGAAGUGGAGACCAACUACGGGAGAGUCCGAGGGUACCAGUUCCACGUAGAUGCAGCCGAGAAGAGUGUCAAUGUCUUUCUGGGACUUCCUUUUGCUAAGCCUCCACUUGGACCACUGAGGUUUUCUGAACCCCAGCCACCUGAGCCAUGGAAAGGUGUCAGAGAUGCCACUUCCUACCCACCAAUGUGUCUACAGGAUAAAGCCCUAGGACAAUACGUGUCAGAUAUUGUUACUAACAGAAAAGAAAAAGUUGCUCUCCAAGUGUCUGAGGACUGCUUAUACCUCAAUGUGUAUACCCCUGUUUCUACAGAGGCACCAGAGAAGCUGCCCGUCCUUGUAUGGAUCCAUGGAGGUGCAUUAGUUUUGGGAGCAGCUUCAUCAUAUGACGGUUCAGCACUAGCAGCCUUUGACAACGUGGUGGUUGUAACCAUUCAGUACAGACUGGGUAUCCCUGGCUAUUUUAGCACUGGUGAUCAGCAUGCCCGGGGGAACUGGGGGUAUUUGGAUCAAGUAGCAGCUCUUCAGUGGAUUCAGGAGAACAUCCUCCAUUUUGGAGGAGACCCAGGAGCUGUCACUAUCUUUGGAGAAUCUGCAGGAGGAAUCAGUGUUUCUGCUCUUGUCUUAUCUCCCCUGGCAAAAGGCUUGUUCCACAAGGCCAUUUCAGAGAGUGGCACUGCAGUCAGGCUUCUGUUCACUGACCAGCCCCAGGAGGAAGCACAAAGGAUUGCUGCUGUUGCUGGCUGUGACAAAUCCAAUUCAGCUGCAAUGGUGGAAUGCUUAAGAGGAAAAACAGAAGAAGAGAUAAUCGAGAUAACACUAAAAAUGCCUUUGGGGUUCAUUGGUGGCUGUCCAGAUGGUGUAUUUUUGCCAAAGACCCCCAGGGAAUUACUAUCUGAAAAAAUGAUCAAUCCAGUUCCAUAUAUUAUAGGAGUAAAUAACUGGGAGUUUGGAUGGGGACUUCCUAUGAUGAUGAGGAAUUUCCCUGAUUUGAGAGAUGGUCUGGAUAAGGAUGUUGCAUAUCAGCUUUUGCAGAAAAACUUGAUAUUAGGACCUAAGGCUGCUAGUUCUGAAAUUGUUGACCAAGUAUACAAGGAGUACAUUGGGAAGGCAGAAAACCGUGCUGAGGUGCGAGAUGGUCUUCUUGGUGCAAUAGGAGACUUUAUGUUUGUUUCCCCAGCUGUUGAAGUGGCCAGAUACCAUAGAGAUGCUGGCAACCAGGUCUACUUCUAUGAAUUUCAGCAUCGACCAAGCUCAGCGGCAGGGGUGGUGCCAGAGUUUGUGAAAGCAGAUCAUGGAGCUGAAAUUGCCUUUGUCUUUGGAAAGCCUUUCUUAGCUGGACAAGCUACAGAAGAAGAAAGCAAACUUAGCAGAACUAUGAUAAGAUACUGGACUAACUUUGCUAAAAAUGGACAUCCCAACGGAGAAGACCUGGUCCAUUGGCCUCAGUAUGAUCUGGAUGAGCAAUACCUGGGAAUAGACCUCGUGCAAAAAGCAUCCAAGAAACUGAAAGAAGACAAAAUGGAGUUUUGGAGGCAGCUCAUAGAACAAAUGAUGAAGGAAAAGAGACAACACACAGAUUUAUGAGUGUGAAUCACAGUGGAAGGAGGGAAUCAAGGGAAAUCUGGGAUGUUGGUGGAACUAAAAAGCAUUCUUUAAUGAACCCACAAUCUUUCAGGCUCACAAAGACCCCUGGCAGUAGGUAUCAGUGGCAUCAGUGGAUAUCAAAACUGCAGAAUCCUCCUGUGAGCAGGAGGGGCAAAUUGGCAAAUAUAUUGAGAGCUCUAAGGAAUUAUCCAUGCAGAAUACAUCACAAGUGUCAGAUUAUUCUGUAUGCUUAUUCCCCUCUUCUUUCAGAAGAGAAUGGUCAGUUGUCAUUCUUACAGGCUCUCUCCACCUUCUUUCACUGGAAACAAAUUGUAGGGAGCAGAGCAUCCAUCAAAAACCAUCUGUGAGACGAGCUUGUCAUGUCACACAUGAGGACAGAAAAUCUCUGCUUGUUUCUUGUUUUGCAAAUUGUUCUAAAUAAAUGUUA